AUGGCCAUCGCAGCCUUACUAUCAACCCUUCAAGCCCGCGCCCUUGAGUCUCCACUCCAGACUCUCGGUGUCGCGGCUGUCGUGGUGCCUAUUCUUUACGUUAUCUUGAACGAGUUUAUUCGCUACUCGGCUCGUGUGAAGGGUCUCGGGGGUCCGGCGGGCUUACCGUUGAUUGGAAAUCUAAGCCAGAUUCGUGUUAAUGCUGCGGAGCAGUAUCGCGCUUGGUCGAAGAAACAUGGGGCUGUUUAUCAGAUUAUGUUGGGUAAUAUUCCCGUCGUUGUGGUGAACUCUGCUGCGUCGGCGAAGGUUCUUUUCGGUCAGAAUGCGCAGGCUCUUAGCUCGAGGCCGGAGUUUUAUACUUUUCACAAGAUCGUAUCAAACACAGCCGGCACAACAAUCGGCACAUCGCCCUACAGCGACUCGCUGAAACGCCGCCGCAAAGGCGCAGCCUCGGCCCUAAACAGACCAUCCGUCGAAUCCUACUCCUUCGUGGAAGAGCUCUACCGCUACGGCAAAGCAGGCACCACCCCCGUCGACCCGAUGCCCAUGAUCCAACGCCUAAGUCUGAGCCUCGCGCUCACGCUGAACUGGGGCGUCCGCAUCGCCUCGCAGGAAGAAGCCCUCUUCGACGAAAUCACGCACGUCGAGGAGGAGAUUAGCCGAUUCCGCUCAACGACGGGGAAUAUGCAGGAUUAUAUUCCGCUGCUGAGGUUGAAUCCGUUUAGUUCUAAUUCGAAGAAGGCGGCGGAGAUGAGGCUGCGGCGGGAUAAGUAUUUGGGGGAUUUGAAUCGGGGACUGGAUGAGCGGAUGGAGAAGGGGACGCAUGUUCCUUGUAUUCAGGCGAAUGUUAUUUUGGAUAAGGAGGCUAAGUUGAAUGCGGAGGAACUUACUAGUAUUAGUUUGACGAUGCUUUCGGGCGGGCUUGAUACGGUUACGACGCUUGUUGCGUGGAGUAUUGGGCUAAUUUCUAGUCGGCCGGAUGUGCAGGAUAAGGCUGCGAAGGCUAUUGAGGAGUUUUAUGGGGCUGGUCAGCCGAUGUGUGAUGCUGAUGAUGAUCAGAAGUGUGCUUAUGUUGCGGCUUUGGUGAGGGAGUGCUUGAGAUACUUUUGCGUUCUGAGAUUGGCUCUUCCGAGAACUUCCAUUCGGGAUAUUACCUAUGAGGGAAUUGUUAUUCCUAAGGGGACGGUGUUUUUCCUCAAUGCUUGGGCUUGUAAUAUGGACCCCGACGUCUGGACUGACCCAGAGGAAUUCCGCCCAGAGCGCUGGUUCGAACAACCCGACGCGCCAAUCUUCACAUACGGCAUGGGCUACCGCAUGUGCGCGGGCUCACUGCUCGCCAACCGCGAGCUCUAUCUCGUCUUCAUGCGGACACUGAACAGUUUCCGCAUCGAACCGCAUGAUGAGACGGAUUGGCAUCCUGUGAGGGGGAACUCGGAUCCUACGAGUCUGGUUGCUAUUCCGCAGAAGUAUAAGGUGCGAUUUGUGCCCAAAGAUGCGAAGGCGUUGGGCGAGAUUGUGAAGGCGUGA